UACCGUGUCCUUCGUAAGGAAAUCCCCCUGUCAGAACUGGUGAGAAUGAAAGCACCAGAACUGUCUGAAUGGAAGAAGAAGCCAGUGACAGCUGUAAGUAACAUCAUUUCCCUCAGUGUCCUUGCACAGGGGUUAGGAGCAUGCCCACGCUCACUCGCCACAUGAUGUUAAUGCAGCACUUUCUUCCCAAGGACAUACUCAUAAUGGGGAUGGAGUCAGGAAGCAGUUCUCCUGAAAUGAAGAAAAAAGCUGUGAAGCGAGGACACGUGGCAGCUGAGCAGCAAGAGCCACCCCAACCUGGACAAAGCCCAAACGGUGACACUGCUCCGCACAACCUUGACAGUCCACAUCAAACCCACCUGUUUGCCCCGUAUGGCAGUAUGUGCACAGAUGUGAUUUCAACACCUGGAGAUGACAGACCCUGUAAGAAGAUGGAGAUGACGGCUCCUGUCCAAAAGGCAGAGUCAGAAUCAAAAGCAGAAGUGCAGCCCAGGUUUCAGAGCCCUGCGGCAAGUCCAACAGCAGAGCCUGAAGUUCAUGGGUCACCCAAUAUCCCUGUUGCAGAGUCAUUCUCGCCUCAAGACAGCGACACCUCUGGCUCGGACUCUUCCCUCAGCGCCGUUUGGAGAGGAUUAUUUAAGCUGCGGAGUGUGGCCACGUAUCUCAGUAAAGCAUAUCCCGUGUCUGGCUGCUUUGAUAAUCUUAGUGAGGAAUUACCAGAGACGCUUCGGGUUGGUGGGACGAUCCCACCGAAGGCAGUGUGGGAUUACAUUGCUGACCUCAGAACUGCACCUCAUCAGAGCACUUAA